CGAUUUUGUCGCGGGGUUGCGUUGAGGAAGUCGAUGAACUUGAUCCAAGGGAAGACCAACCAGUACCUGCGGGAAGCCAUCCUGGAGAACAAUGUGGAGAAGGCGCGCAAAUACUUGACCCUCGUCAUCGGGAAGGCUGACGUGCAAGCGACGACAGAGCAAGGCGGGUUUACGAUGUUGCAUUGCGCCGUCAUUAUCGGUAACGUUCAAAUGGUGGUCAUGCUGCUUCAGUUGCAUGCAAAUAUUUGGGCCAUCACGGACGAUGGAUAUUCGGCGCUCGACCUAGCCAUCUGGAAAGGCCAUGGUCAGAUCAUCGACAUCCUGCGAACUCAAGGGGCAAUUGCUCCAAUGAAGGAACCUGAGAGCUUGAAUGGCAAGAUGGUCCUCCACCUCGGCCGCAAGGCCGUCGUCGUCGACUAUUUCCCCAGUACAGCAUUUCGAACGAAGAGCACUCGUGCAUUGCACUACCCCGCCGCCGAGAACGGCAAGACCACCGCUGAGAAUUACCUCGUGAACCUCUGGGCAGGCACCGAUUACCGAAUUAUCGGUAUUGAACUGGACUACGAGCGGCAUCGGUCGAAUGUAUUCACUCCCAUGGAUAUCAGCAUGGAUGCGGAAGAGUGCCAUGUUCUCACCGACCAGCGGUCUCGCGCUGGAUCCGAGGCCAACUCGGCCCCUCGGACGCCCGUCGCUGCAUCCGUUGUACCGGGGUUUCCCAUGGACGUCGAGACGAAACUCGAAGCGGAGCUCGAAAAUGUCCUGGAAGGGCAAGCAUUCUUUGACGAGGAUGAUGACGACGACACGAGCGAAGACGACGACGACGAAAUUGAAGUCGAAGCUACUGCUGAAGUUGUGGUUCCCCCAGGUCCUCUGGGGGUUUUGCUCGACUCGGGCAUUGAGUCGUGCGCAGUCGUUCAAGGCUUUACGCCCCUCGUCUCCGGUGGUCCCGGUGCCAUCGAGGCGUCCGGAGUCGUGAAGCCCGGCAUGUACAUCAUCGGCAUCAACGAGACGAACGCGUGUCUGAUGACUCUGCAGCAAGUCAUCCAGUUGCUUGGGAAACUCGCACGAAAGGAGAAGAUCAUCCGUUUUGCCGCGUACAAACCGCCGGCGCCACCCAAGAUCAAGGUAGAGAAAGUGAACGCUCCUCGAAAGUCAUCCGCAUCCACCGCGAGUGCCCUACCCACGUCCUCGAACCUUGCCGACCUCGUGUCCGCCGUCAGAGACCGCCGGGCGUCGAUGACCGCCGCGCCGAUUUCGUUCAAAUUGCAAGACGUUCCCAUUUCAACGAUGCCGCCGCCGGCUCCGACCACUCCAAUCGUUCCGACAUCGACUGUGGGGGAAGCUGAGUGCGCGCAUUGCGGCCUCCCGUCCACCGUGCAUUGCUCGAACGACUGCCCAUACAAGUAACAUGCUCUUCCAUGGAUCACCCACCGCAUGCAUGUUCGAGACUUUUGUUGGCGAACCGAAUUCGACAUGUUGGAAUAUAAAACAUACUAGUAAAACGUAACUAGGGUGAAAAGUACGAGUUUCACCUGGGUAUGCCUAGUUUAGACGACGCCGUUGGAAAAAAUGCAUGUGUUAAAAAGA